UCCGGCGAUACGGCUAUUGACUUGACUUACCUGAUCCCCGGCAGCGUCGACGUCGUACGAACUAUGGAAUAAGGGAUAACGUCUGAUAUGAAUGAUUAGCGGUAUUGACGAAAAUGCCCUUAAACAACAUUUUCCAUUAUUGCUGACAGGGGAUAUUUAUCGGUGGUAUUAUGGUCACCGUAAGAAGCCUAGCUCAUCCCCUUCUUUUUCGUCCAAAUUCAACAGCAACGGGAGGAAAACCCAGAGAUAAUCAAGGCAAAUCAGAUCAUAUAACUCAAACCAGCUACACCGGAAUCUAUUAUCAAAACCCUAGUUAUUGCAUCAUUCCUUCUCUUUCCAUCUGAUUGAUCAAAGAGGGAGAGAAAAAAGAAAAAAAAAAAGAAAAAGGAUAACGGAAAAAAAGAAGGAAAAGAUCGUGGCCAACCGCCAAGAAACGACGAUCCUACGGCCUCAACCCUGGGAUGGAGAACGAGCCGCUAGAGAACCCACUUGAUCAUCACAGCAACAAUGCAUCUGCUGAAGAGCCGUUGCCGGAAAACCACCUCCCAGGCUCCUCCAAAUUGCCGGAAAACCAUGUUACUGACGCAUACAGUGCACCGGAAUACCACCUUCCAGAUCCGCAAAUCUCAUCAGAAAACCAUCUUCCUGCCCCGCGAACCUCAUCAGAAGACCAUCUUCCCGCCCCACAAAUGACAUCAGAAAAGCAUCUUCCCACCCCGCAAAUCUCAUCGGAGAACCGCCUUCCUGCCCCGCAAAUCACAUCAGAAAACCAUCUUCCUACCCCGCAAAUUCCACCAGAAGCCAACCUAACGGAUUCUCUGUUAGAAAAAUGCAACAAAGAUGCUUCGGAACCUCUUUCUGAAAAUCAUGCGGAGGCACCCCAAAAACAUUCGCCGGUGGAAGAGGAUGAAAAUGCUCCUCCUGCGAAGAAACGUCGCCGCAGAAAGAAGCAGUUCCCAGAGAUGAUUCCCUCAGCUGCCGCCGUAAACGGCCUCCGUGUCCUCCGUCCUCAUGCCAAGUCAAACGUAUAUAGUGAGAAGCUGAUGGACGAGAUCAUUCAGAUGCAGAUCAACGACUACCCUUCCGCCUCCAAGAGUCGGCGCCGUAAAAUUGCCGACCUUGCCAAGGAAGUUGACAUCGAAGCCUUGAUUGCUAUCUCCGUUGGUUUCCCGGUGGAUUCUCUUACCGAAGAGGAGAUCGAGUGCAACGUCGUAUCAACUCUCGGCGGAGUGGAGCAGGCCAACUACAUCGUCGUUCGAAACCAUAUCCUUGCCCGGUGGCGGUCGAAUGUCUCUGUUUGGAUGACCAGAGACCAUGCGCUCGAGUCCAUUCGGUCGGAACAUCGAGGGCUUGUUAAUUCGGCCUACUCUUUUCUCCUUGAGCAUGGCUACAUUAAUUUCGGACUCGCUCCAGCUAUCAAAGAAGCCACCUUUAGACCUCCUGAAGGAGCCGAGAAGGCGAACGUUGUUAUUGUUGGCGCAGGUUUGGCUGGACUUGCAGCGGCCCGUCAUCUCCUCUCAUUAGGUUUUAAAGUCGUGGUCUUGGAAGGUAGGAACCGACCAGGCGGACGCGUUCGGACUAGAAAGAUGGAGGGUGAUGGUGUAGUAGCUGCAGCGGACCUCGGGGGAAGCGUUCUCACUGGAAUCAACGGGAAUCCUCUAGGCGUCCUGGCCAGGCAGUUGGGAUUUCCUCUUCACAAGGUACGCGAUAUAUGCCCCCUCUAUCUCCCAGAUGGGAGGGCAGUAAAUUCCGAAAUGGAUAAGAGGGUGGAGGUUUCUUUCAAUCGGCUUUUAGAUAAGGUAUGCAAGCUUCGGCAAACAAUGCUGGAGGAUGUUCAAUCUGUAGAUGUUUCUUUAGGGACUGCACUUGAAGCUUUCAGGCAUGUCUAUAAGGUCGCUGAGGAUCCACAAGAACGAAUGCUCUUGGAUUGGCAUCUUGCAAACCUGGAAUAUGCAAAUGCUUCGUUGUUAUCUGACCUUUCAAUGGCGUUCUGGGACCAAGAUGAUCCAUAUGAGAUGGGCGGAGACCACUGCUUCAUUCCUGGAGGAAAUGGAAGGUUCAUCCGUGCGCUUGCUGAGGAUCUUCCUAUCUUUUAUGAACGAAAUGUGGAAAGCAUACGGUAUGGAGUUGAUGGGGUUAUGGUAUAUGCAGGUGGGCAGGUGUUCCGAGGGGACAUGGUUCUGUGUACAGUGCCACUUGGUGUAUUGAAGAGAGGGUCUAUUGAGUUCGUCCCUGAGCUUCCGCAGCCAAAGAAAGAAGCAAUUCAAAGGUUAGGUUUUGGAUUGCUAAAUAAGGUUGCAAUGUUGUUCCCUUACGAUUUUUGGGGUGGUGGAAUUGAUACGUUCGGACAUUUAUCAGAAGACUCCAGUAUGCGGGGUGAGUUCUUUUUGUUCUAUAGCUAUUCGUCUGUUGCUGGGGGUCCACUUCUGAUAGCUUUGGUGGCAGGGGAAUCUGCAAUAAAGUUUGAAACAAGAUCUCCUGUGGAUGCUGUAGGAAGAGUAAUGGAUAUAUUGAAAAGAAUUUUCACUCCAAAAGGGAUUGUUGUUCCAAAUCCAGUUCAGGUUGUUUGUACACGAUGGGGAAAAGAUCGGUUCACAUAUGGCUCUUAUUCUUAUGUUGCAGUUGGGGCUUCUGGGGAUGAUUACGAUGUUCUUGCUGAGAGUGUAGGAGAUGGUAAGGUCUUCUUUGCUGGUGAGGCAACUAACCGACGGUAUCCUGCAACAAUGCAUGGAGCUUUUCUUAGUGGCUUGAGAGAGGCUGCUAACAUAUUAAGAGUAGCCAACAGAAGGUCAUUGGCUCCACUGGAGGCUAAUGCAAAGUCUUUGACCCCACUAGAGAAAACCAAUAGUGUUAUACAGAAUGGUCAGGAACUGGAUGAGCUGUUUGAAACUCCAGAUCUGUCAUUUGGAAGCUUUUCAGUUCUGUUUGAUCCAAGAUCAGUUGAUAUUGACUCAACUUCACUGUUGCGAGUGGGGUUUGGAGGGGAGAAGCUGGAAUCUGGAUCUCUAUUCCUUUAUGGCUUGAUUUCAAGAAAGCAGGCCAUGGAGUUGAGUAAAGUUGAUGGAGAUGGAAAUAGGGUGAGGGUGCUGAAUCGCAACUAUGGGGUAAGGCUGGUUGGAAGAAGUGCUUUAGGUAGUGUCGGAGAAUCUCUUAUUUCCUACAUAAAAUCAGCUAGAAUUAGUUGCAAAGGGGGUGAGAUAAUGGAAGACAAAUAGGACAUUUCUUUACCAGUUUCAUGCAGUGGGUACUAAUAGCUAACUUGUAGUUUUACGAUUUUGAAGAGUUUCCCAAACUCAAAUUGAUCAGAUGGAGGGAGCUUUUAAUUAUUGGACCAUCAUACUCAUUUAAUUCUCUGAUGAUAUGAUUCUUGUUUUCAACAGGAGCAGCUUUAUUGUGUAGAUUACUGACACAUUCUAGCAACUGAAUUCUUCAGACCCAAUUUCAACAUGUAAUUGGUUUGAUCUCAUGA